AUGGCUGGACUGAAGAAUCUUAUUCUUGACGAUUUGUGUCUCGCAUCAUCCAUGGCAAAAGCAGAUGUUGGUAUCUUGAAGUUUACCAGAGAUUCAAGGAGGAAAAUGCCGACGGGCUUUUGGGACACGACAAUGCCAAUACCAAAUCCAGACUUGACAUGUAGCCGAAUUUGGAGCGGUCUGUAG